AUGAUCGCCACCACGAUCCGGACCUCUCCCUCGGUCGGGGACUACGUCCCGCUCGCCGAGUACGAGACGCAGACGCCCGAGUCCUUUGCCGACGGCAAGCCGGUCCUGCACCUCCAUCUCGCCGGCGCGACGAUCCAGGCGCCCAAGGCGCAAUGCGGCGGCCUCGCCAUCUUUCCCGCGGACCUGGCCCACGUCGAGAGCGGCCAGACGAACGGCGAAAGCGGAGACGAGGCGAUCGUGGAGCAGGAGGUCGACGUCUUUAUCACCUCGGAGAACUUUAUCCUCUUCAACCAGGAGGCUGGCGCGGGCGUCUCGAUCCCCUAUCCGUCCAUCUCCAUCCACGCUCUCAAGCAAAUAGGCCCAGAGUCGGAGGAGAAGCGCACGCAGGCGGUUUGGAUGCAGGUCGAGAUCUCAGACGGCGGCUCCGGCGACGAUGACUUCAACAUGACGGAGCUCACCAUCAUCCCGGCCACCGCCGGCGAGGGCGCAGCCGACGAGUCCAGCGCCGCCAAGAAGCUCUACGAGGCCUUGUCCAACUGCUCCGACCUGCACCCGGACGACGAAGACGAGGACGACGAGGACGACGCCGACAGGAUCGUGUUCGACACCAGCGUCGAGCCCGAGGCCCUCGAGGGCUUCACGGGCGUCCUGCGCGGCAACGCAGACGGCACCCUGCCGCCGCCCAUGCCCGGCAGCGGCGGCUGGAUCACCGCCGAGAACAUGCACGAGUACUUUGACGAGGAUGGCAACUGGAUCGGCCGCGACGGCGAGGGCGACGACACCGCGCCGGUAGAGGGCGAGCUCGGCGAGGGCGCGGGACGGACGCGCGGCCGCGACGAGGUCGAGGGCCAAGGCGACGGCGUCAAUGGCAACGCCGACGAGGACCCGGAGAACAAGCGCCCUCGCGUCGAGUAA